AUGAAAACGGGGAACAACGGGUGCCCGCCUUUGAAGUUCUCGCUUUCAUUCGCACCGGGCGCCAGCCCCUGCGCCGCUCGCUUGCUUGGGGCACCUCUCUCACGCGUUAAAGCUUGCACAGGCAACAGCCCGCACAGUCGCGCUUUCUUUAUGAAGGAGGGGCGGCGGCU